GGGCCCCCGCUUCGCCGGGGAGAUAAUAAUAGGACGGCUGAUAGCCACUGGGUUGCGGGUUCGACACUCCCUUAUUAAACAAGGUCCAACUGAGCGUGAUAUACCAAGACCAUGACACCGUCACUAUGGAGAAUGGAGUCUAUAAAUACAAAUCAACACGUCGCUUUAACUUUAUUUUCUAAAUCCGCAGUCUGAAAGUGGAGGAAGUGGAACUCCGGCCGUAGGAGAGUUAAUUUGUGCUGGAGGGCGGGGGCGGCCGCCAGAACCGCAUUGGGCCCGGAUCGGGGAGGUGUUUCCUCGGCCCACUAGCGGAGAUCGUGUCAAUUUCAGGAGCCGUCAUGGCGCUGACGGUCGUGUCCCGAGACCACCCCUUCAGCCACCUCAUUGAGACCCUGAAGACUGAGAAACAUGCAGGGCGCAAAUACUUCAGUCUUCAGAAGCUUGAGGAUCCAAGAUACAAUGAGUUGCCCCUGUCUAUCCGCAUCCUACUCGAGGCGUCCGUCCGGAGGUGCGAUGGCUUCUACGUGCAGAGAGAGGACGUGGAGGCCAUCUUGGAUUGGCGUCAGCAGCAGGGCUCGUCUGAGGUGCCGUUCAUCCCGGCCCGGGUUCUGCUUCAGGAUUUCACGGGAAUUCCCGCCAUGGUGGACCUGGCUGCCAUGAGGGAUGCUGUGGCCGGCUUGAAGGGUGACCCCAGUCUGGUGAACCCCGCCUGUCCCACUGACCUCAUUGUGGAUCAGGCAUUGCAGAUCGAUUUCAGUAAAUGUGCCAUUCAGAACGCCCCGAAUCCGGGUGGGGGGGAAGGUCAGGCUGCCUCCGUCAAAUCCUCUCCUGCCAAAGCUCAACCUCAUGGGGGGUCUGGCGGCUGCAGGGACCAAAGAACCUGCAGCAAAGGGUCCUGCAGCGACGCUCCCACUACCUCAGGGAGGGCCCCCUCUGUCCAGAUAGAGAACACCCCCCUCUUGUGCCCUUUUCACCUCCAGCCUGUAUCUGAGCCUGAGACUGCUCUCAAGAACCAGGAGAAGGAACUGAGCAGAAACAAAGAGAGGUUCCAGUUCUUCAAGUGGUGCUCCAAAGCUUUCAAGAAUGUGAAGGUGAUCCCUCCCAACAUCGGCGCCAUACACCAAGUGAACUUGGAAUACCUGUGUCAGGCGGUACAGGCCCAGGAGGAGUAUGUCUACCCAGACAGCGUGGUGGGCACGGACUCCCACACCACCAUGGUCAACGGCCUGGGUGUUCUAGGCUGGGGCGUCGGAGGUAUCGAGUCGGAGGCCGUCAUGCUGGGCCAACCUGUCACCCUCACGUUGCCUAAGGUGGUGGGCUGCAAGCUGGUCGGCUCCAUCAACAACCUAGCCACGUCCAUAGACGUCGUCCUCGGGAUCACUAAGCACCUCCGUCAGGCUGGGAUCGCCGGUAAGUUUGUGGAGUUCUUCGGGCCCGGCGUGUCCCAACUCUCUGUUCCGGAUAGGACCACCAUCGCCAACAUGUGUCCAGAGUACAACGCGACAGUCAGCUUCUUCCCCAUCGAUGACGUUACACUGAAGCACUUUAGGCAAACUAACUUCAGUGAGGAGAAACUUGAAUUGGUGGAAGCUUACCUGAAGGCCGUGAAACUCUUCAGAAACUACCAAGACCCAUCUGAAGACCCCGUGUAUUCAGAGGUUAUAGAGGUUAACCUCAACACCAUCGUGCCCCACGUUAGCGGGCCCAAGAGGCCGCAGGACCGGGUGGAGGUGAGCAACAUGAAGAAGGACUUCGCCAGCUGUCUAAACGAGAAGGUUGGCUUUAAGGGCUUCCACAUUCCGGUGGAGAAGCAGGCAGCCCUGGUUCCGCUCCUGCACGAGGGCCAGGAGUUCAGCCUAGGUCAUGGCUCGGUCGUCAUUGCUGCCAUCAUCAGCUGUACCAACAACUGCAACCCAUCCGUCAUGCUCACCGCAGGCUUGCUGGCCAAGAAGGCUGUGGGAGCCGGGCUUAGGGUCCGGCCCUACAUCCAGACCAGCCUGGCUCCCGGGAGCGGCAUGGUCACCCACUACCUCAACACGAGUGGGGUGCUGCCUUACCUCAGCCAGCUUGGAUUUGGGGUGAUCGGUUAUGGAUGUGCCACGUGCCUGGGGAACACCGCACCCCUGCCGUCAACUCUAGUCGACGCCAUUAGAAAGGGUGACCUGGUAGCCUGUGGAGUGCUGUCUGGAAACAGGCACUUUGAAGGACGCCUAUGUGACUGCGUACGAGCCAACUACCUGGCCUCUCCACCCUUGGUGGUGGCCUACGCCAUCGCUGGCACAGUUAGCAUCGACUUUGAGACUGAACCCCUGGGUGUAACUGUGGAGGGCAAAGAGGUGUUUCUUCGGGAUGUAUGGCCCAGCAGGGAGGAGGUCCAGCAUACGGAGGAGAACAUGGUCAUCUCUUCCAUGUUCCGAGACCUCGGGGAAAAAAUGGAGAGGGAAAAUAAGAUGUGGAAAAACCUGGAUGCUCCCGAAUCCACACUCUUCCCCUGGGAUCUCAAGUCCACGUACAUCAGAUGUCCACCCUUCUUCCACAAACUUACGAACAAGCCGUGCCCCCCACAGCCCAUAGAAAAUGCCCACGUGUUGCUUUUUCUUGGAGACAUGGUGACAACUGAUCACAUUUCUCCAGCUGGUAGUAUUUCCCGCACCAGUGCCGCAGCCAAAUACCUUACGAGUAAGCGCCUUACCCCACGCGAGUUUAACUCGUAUGGAGCCCGACGGGGCAAUGAUGCAGUGAUGACCAGGGGUACAUUCGCCAGCAUCAAGCUACAGAAUAGGUUCAUUGGCAAAGCAGCCCCCAAAACCCUGCACAUCCCGUCUGGACAAAUGAUGGAUGUUUUCGAGGCGGCUGAGAGGUACCAGAGGGAUAGCAUUCCCCUCAUAAUCCUGGCUGGGAAGAAGUAUGGCUCCGGGAACUCGCGUGACUGGGCUGCCAAGGGACCCUACUUACUUGGUGUCAGGGCUGUAAUCGCAGAGAGCUUCGAAAAGCUGCACAAGAACCAUCUGGUUGCCAUGGGGAUUGCCCCUCUGCAGUUCCUUCCGGACCAGAGUGCAGACUCCCUGGGACUCAACGGCAAAGAGACGUUCUCCUUUUGUAUUCCGGCAGACCCAUCUCCUGGUCAGGAGCUCACCGUCCACACCAGCACUGGAAAGAGCUUCCAAGUGAUGGCGCUGUUAGAGAGCAAGGUGGACACGGUCUUCUACCAGCACGGUGGGAUGCUCAAGCUUGUGGCCCGGAGCAUGAUUCCUCCCCAGCCAUGACACAGCACGUCUUGCCGGCCUCCCCCAACUCCUUUAGCUCCCUGGGCCCAGCUGAGCCCUCUACACCAACCAGCAAACCCUUUGCGAUGAACACCCUGUCCCAUCCCUCACCUCCCUUGGUGAUGAAGACCAGGGGACACCUCGAUGCCCGGCUGCAGUUCCGACGCCUUCCUGGAGUGGCUGGCUAAGGCCGGCCUUGCGAGCACAGCAUAAACUCAUUUGUUGCAUUUGAAAACAUCCUGUAAGGUUUUAUAGGGCCGUGAGAAGCCUGAAAUUAGUUAAUCCACCCCCCACCUUCUCCUUUCUGCACUGUCCCUGUAUUGUACUUCUUAAUUGUUGAUUAACGUUGCAUGUCAGAUUUGCUGCCCUCUGCUGGUCAUGCUGCUCCUUCACCAUGCGGUUCUCCUCCUCGCUGGUGCCUCUGCAGGUGAAAUCUGUCAGGCCACAUCGGUAUCUGAAAGAACCCGGAGCCACGCUGCUCCAGCCGCCUGCAUUGCUGUGGUUUUUCCAAGGGCCGACCUGCAGAAGUCCAGCGCUCAUGAAUUACGCUAUUAACCUUCAGACCAGAGGCUAAUGUUUGCCGCAAUUCCGGAUCACUGACGAAUAUUGCCGCCGACUGCUAAUGUCCGUUUGUUCAGAAUCGCGGUUUAUAUUCCCAGCUGUGUGUCACAGUCCAUGUGAAUGUCACUUCGAAGGUUUAAGGAGCUGUACAAUUAUUCAUAAUUGUGAUUCUGCAGUAGGACUAAAGCUGUAUAUGGGUGAUACUUGCGUUAAUCAGUUACAGUUUAUUUGCGGAUGUUCUCGUUAGUGGUCUGUAGUGAACACUCUGAGUCUUGGAAUAUGCUCUUUGGAAGUAUGGUUGGUUUGCUUAAUCUCCUGUGACUGCUAAGCCGUUACCUCAGAGUGUGGGGGCAGCCCUCCUCCCUUUUUAAUUUUACUUUUACACUCACCCACCACACUAUCGAACUGUCAAAGUCAAAACACUGCAUGAAUAUUUUGUCGUUACAUUCCCCCCCCCCCCCCCUCCCUCUGAGCUUCUAUUUUUUUUUUUUUUUCUGCCAAUCAAUGGGCCAUUUUAACAGGUUUAGUGUUUCUGGGCACCACCCACAAACCAGUGUUAACACUCUGGAUUUCAAAAGAUCACAGAGAUGUUUCCAUGUAAUCCCAUCCUCCACCCGCAGAUUUUUUAUUUUUAUUUUUAUCUUUUUUCCCCCUGUGGCACCUUCUGGCCUGUGACACAGUCUGUGUAAAGGAUGGAUCUUCAGUCGAAGCUCAUUAAGGACUUCCCAGCUAAGGCGUGCAUGUGUGAUGUGGUUCUUCGUUCUGGACUUUGCCUCCGUGGCUUCUGGGGCAAGUCCUCACCAUUUUGCAUUUUUGAAACAAUCUUUGACAUUAUGCAACAAAGGCGUAUCACGGCAAGCCGACCUGAAGCAGAAUUGCGUUGUAAAAAAUGUAUCAAACCCUGUAGCAAUGGAAUUAUUGCUGAUAUUGUACAUAAUUUUUAGUAAAGAGUUAAACAGAA